CGCACAUCAGUGUUAGGUAGGAAAGAGCUGAAGAUCUGUUAACUGGAAAAAACAAAAAUCUUGGAUUCAGGUUGAACCUGGAAGAUUGAGUCUUAUGAAUAAUAGCCAUGCAUUUAAAAAGUCAUUUUGUAUAAGGGCACCUUCAAACUGGGAAAAGUCGUAUAUGGAAGUUUGGCCCAUUAUAACAGUACCAAGACAGUAUAUUUGCUUAAGAUGGUGUAUUUCUGCUCAUUAUCACGAGUUUUCAUGCUCUUCAUUACAGUUUUUAGUUAUUCGGCCAGCUGGCAUGAACGUACUCCUUGGACGUGUCAAAACGAUAUAUGGAAGUCAAACAGUAGCCAUUGAACAUGUUGAAGAUAAUCGCUAUGCUUUAAUGCUUCUUUCAGAUCAAGUUGAAUUUAGGUCGCUGAAGGUGAUUGCCAAUCAUCAAUCAUCGGAGUCCUCGAGCGCUUCUAUAGAGUCUGGCUCAUCUGCAAAGCCUUCGAAAAGACUAGUGAGAACAGAUUCUCUUUUAUCCUCAGACUUUAUGGAAAAGACUCUUCAUGACAUUCAGUCAGGUUCCUCGUUGGCAAAUGAAAAAGAGUACAAAGCAUUUAGUAACAAGUUUGCUUCACCUUCUCAGCCUACUUUGGAAGACAAUCAGGAAAAUAUCGAACGAAAUGAACAAGAUGAUAUUAGAAUAUUUCAUUUGGAGGAGGCUGUGCCAACUCUGGAGAAUCUAAUUCAUUCACUUAGAAACGGAUAUUUUUAUCAAUUGCUGAUGACCAAAACACCUGUAGUAUUUUACGCUAAGCAGUUGGUCGGAAAAUACAGAACACAUGCUUUGGAAUACUUUGCGAAAACCAAAGAUGAAAGUUUUAUAGACGAGCUUUUAAAAUUAUUAUCAAGUAUACGGUCGGUAGAAGCGUGGAAAGAAAAUUUACAAAGUUGCUUUCAAAAUCAUUUGGACGGAAAAGCUUGGCAUUUGGAGCUCGAUGACGGCGCUUCAGAAUGUGAACUUGUGGGAUAUCGACAGUGGUUACAAAAUGCUCUAAAUCAAGAUAGUUUCGAAAGUGAAAAGCCGGAUUUUAUUAAAGAAUUUUCUUCCUUAAAAGCAAAAGAAUAUGAGCUGAAGGUCCUAAUUUACUUUGAAGUGCUUUAUUUACUGCUAAAAAUACACCCAGAAUAUGCAAAUCAGAAAGAUUCUCGAGAUAAAACAAAAAACACGAAAUUGAAUUCUAAGAAUGAAAAAAAGGAAAAAGAACCACCUAAUUUAUUUGAAAAGGUUCAGCUCCAAUUGGAGUUUGUGUUUGAUGGAUUGUGUAUUCGCAGAACAAUUGAGGAAAAGCCUCCUAAUUCUACCGAAGAUUUAUUGCUGAGAUUUUGUAAAGAGGGAAUCAUUCCCUUUUAUUCCUCUAAGUUCCCUAAGAUUACAAGGGUUUUGUUAGAGAAAUGUAAUGGUUUAACUUUGCUCCCAGAUUUUGCGAAUCCACGUGCUAAACAUAUUUCACGCCGUUCUAAAUUGCUAUCUAGGUCUAAUACGGACUCUAUCUCCUCUCUUAAAAGAUUACAUAGUACGAAUUCGGUGCCGUCGUCGUCGUCGUCCUCGCCAGUUGAUACUAAAUCGUCCAAUCUUAAGCGUCAAGGAAGCUUUUCUUCAAUACAGAAUCUUACGCGUUCUGACUCCAGAACAUCUUUAGGUGAAAAAGAUAUGAAAAAGCGCACUAAUAACAUGUCACGAAUUCGAAACAGAGAAGUAGCGCUUCCUUCCUCUGGAUCAUUAGUUCGACAUCGAAGUUCUCUUAGUGAACAACCCCACUCAAAUAACACUUCAGAAUUAUCAUUUACGGAAAAACUGUUGUUGGCUAGUACUGAUUCAAAUAAUGGUUUAGCACAAAGACCAGUGGGAGGUAUCACGAAACAAGACCUUACUCGCUCAAAGACCCUUAAUUCUGUGGAUAGUUUAUCCGAUGAAUUAAGCACUUUAAAUCAGCAAAAGCAAUCUAAAUCUGUCUUAGUGCAAGCUACACCUCGAAAAAGAACUUCCUUUAUUACUAGUUUUCAGUCACCAACAGCUGCUCACUCGGCAAUGCCUGACGAUUCACCUACUAAAGUUAUAUCUGAUGAUCCGAUUAUUCAGGAAUCCCCUGCACGAAAUGCUAUGAAAUCUAACGUUUUUGUUUGUGUUCCUACUACACCUCGAAAACUGCACACUGGUAACGAUGGAGAAAAGAAUUAGAACAAAGAUGACUACCGUUUCAUUGAUCAGAACUUACCUUUCAGUUACAAAUAAUUAUUCCUAUGACUAAUAAAUUUGAUAUUCAUUGAUGAAUUAUAUCUACUUCAGCUUUAGUAUCUGUACGCUAACUUCGAAC